AUGGAGGAAAAUGUGGCGCUAGAUUCAGGAAAACAGAAAAAGUUCGUUAAGUCUAUCAGAGGAAUCAAAAAAUUAAUUAAGAAAAAUGAAAAGAUUGCAGAAUCUGAGCCUAAAAAGAAAGAAGAUGUUUCGAAAACAGAGAAACCUUUUAGUAUGAGGUUAAAGAAUGGAAAAAUCAAGAAGAAGCGUAAAGAAAGGGGUCUUGUAUAUUUAUCCCAUAUCCCACACGGAUUUUAUGAGCAUCAAAUGACGCAGUAUUUUAAACAGUUUGGUGUAGUUACCAAUGCAAGAGUGAUCAGGUCUAAACGCACAGGUAACUCAAAAGGCUUUGCCUUUGUUGAGUUCAAGGAGCCAUCGGUAGCUCAAAUUGUUGCAGAAACUAUGAAUAAUUAUCUCAUGGGCAAGAGGUUGAUCAAAGCGGUCAAUAUUGAACCUUCAAAACAAAGACGCAAAGCAUUCAGAAAGCAUUGGAACACUGUCCACAACCCUGCGAGUAUCAAGAGACUGAAGUUGAAAAAGGCAUUUAAUGCAGAAAAAGAUGAUGCUCAAGAACUGCAAAAAGCAAAAAAGAUGUUAUCUAAGCUCAAUAAAACUAAGAAGAAGUUAAGUGAAUUAGGUAUAAAUUAUGACUUUUUCACACCAGUAGAUGUGCCAGAAGCACUUCUUAGCAAAGUUAUUAAAAAAGAGAAAGAUGAGGAGGAUGUGAAAGACGAAAACGAAAAGAAAGCUAAAAAAGGUGCAAUAUUUGAAACAGAACAAAAGAAAGCUGAAAAAGUAGAGCUGAAGGCAAAUAAUAAAAAUCAGAAGAAGAAAAAGGAAGAACAAAAAGUGGUUAAAAAAGUAGACGAAAAAGGGAAUAAUAAUACUAAAAUCCAAAAAACGAAUGAAGUGAAUAACACAACUAAAAAAGAACUGAAAAAAGAAGUAGCCAAUAAAGAAAAUAAAAAAGGUCAAAACAAAUCUGUGAAAGUAAAUCAGAAGGAGCAGAAUAAAAAAGAGCAAAACUUAGUAAAAGCUGGUGUAAAAUCAGUUGAAGAAUUUAUCAGCUUAGAAGGAGAUGACAGUGAGGGGUCAUAUGAGUUUGAUUCAGAUGAGUUUGAAAAAAUGAUAGGAGAGGAUGAUGAUUUUUCAUCUAGUGAUGGAUCCGCCGAUGAGGAAUCUGAUGAAGAUGAAGAAGAAGAUAAUGAUGUUCAAAUUCCAGACAGCGAUAAAGAAGAGGUUACAUCCCAUGGGAAAGGUAAAAAGCAGGGUAAAAAUAAGCUUUUACCAAAGGUAACUCAGCCAGCUCAGAUGAAAAAACAAACACAGAAGGAACAAAACCACAAGGCACAGGUAAAGAAACAAGAAUUGAAAUCAAUCAAUACGGUUAAAAGGAUUGCUCCUCAAAAACCCGCUGCUGCAGCUAAGAAACCAAAAUUUGAAAAGCAAAAUCAGAAACCAAUGAAGAAGCAGUUUAAGAAGAAGAAAUAA